AUUGCGCAUCGUUUAGCUUUGUCUUCUCCUUUUUGUUGAUUUCAGCGACCCUAAGGUCCACAGCAUUGUGGAAAGAGCUGUAAGGAGCAUUAUGGGCGAGCUGUCCAAUGAGCCCCGUAGCAACCUGCUCAGCCCAUCCCAGGUGGUUGUGGAGGUGGUGCCCAGGCUCCUCCUGGCCCUGUGGCUUCAGCCAGAGGAAGGCCAUUCAGGGCACCCAAUCCUAAUAAGCGGGAUGGCCGUGGGCAUGGUGGCGGCCGUAGUGGAGAAGCUCUCCAGCAUGUUAAAGGCCCCUUCUCCUCAAAUCCCUUUCUCCCGCGCUGCGGCUUUUGAAUCUGUCUGGUCAAUCCUCGGGAGAAUCAGUCAGUCCUUCUCCACGGAUGACCUCCAGAGCCCAUUUUAUGUGAGAUCUGUCUGUGCCUUUGUGGCUGACGAGGUACAGAGCUGCUUCCAGCCCCCUGCAGCCACCUUACCAGUCCUCCCUGUCGUCGCCGCGGCCAUCUCCACCACACCUCCAGACAUCCUAGCAGAGGCAGACCCGGCUUCUUCCCACAUGGAGGUUGUGAAUAUCAACGCUAACAUCGAGGCAGACCAGGCGUCUUCCCACUUGGAGGUUGUGGACAUCACCUCUAGCAUAGAGGCAGACCAGGCGUCUUCCCACCUGGAGGUUGUGGACAUCACCGCUAACAUAGAGGCAGACUCUGCUUCUUCCCACCUUGAGGUUGUGGACAUCACCCAUAACACACAGGCAGACUCUGCUUCUUCCCACCUUGAGGUUGUGGACAUCACCCAUAACACACAGGCAGACACGGCAUCUUCCCACUUGGAGGUUGUGGACAUAACACGUAAGGCAGAGGCAGACCCAGCUAAUUCACACCUGGAGGUUCAGGACAUCACCCCUAAGACACAGCAAGAUCCAGCUUCUUCCCACCUUGAGGUUGUGAACAUCACCCGUAACAAAGAGGCAGAUCCGGCUUCUUUCCACCUAAAUGUUGUGGACAUCACCCUUAACAGAGAGGCAGAUCCGGCUUCUUUCCACCUGAAUGUUGUGGACAUCACCCUUAACAGAGAGGCAGAUCCGGCUUCUUUCCACCUAAAUGUUGUGGACAUCACCCCUAAUAGAGAGGCAGAGCCCAUCUCUUCCCUCUUGGAGGUUGUGGAUGUCACACCUGAAGAAAGGACUCUCAAGAUGGCCGUCUUCGCCACUCUGCCAACUGACAUCCAAGCAGAGGAUGUUGCUGUGGUCAUCCCAAAUGUCACCCCACACGUCACCAAGGAUGUGACACUGGAUGUUCCAUGCAGAGCUGCAUGCAAAGGGAAAGUCCGCCGAUUUUUUUUCAGGCUUUGGAGGGCAGUGUGCUGCUGCGCCUGCCACAAGGAAGAGGAGAAACAAUAUUAGUUAUUCAUCAGACCUUCAGAAAUGGGAUUGAACCAUAGA